GGUACUUAAAGUACUCAGUCUUGAGUGAUAUGUACUAUAGUUGCGUGUGUAUUUGUUUAUUGUAGAUAAUUAGGUGUGUCUGUGUACGAAUAGAUGUAACACUCGUAGGUAGUUUAGCUUAACAGAUUCAUGUAUAGGUACACGAACUUGAACGUUAAAUUGCCUAUCAUUAUUCAUUAAGUUAUGUUUCGCAAUAUCCACAUGCAUUAGGUAUACCGAGGUAUUUAUAUUUGUGAAAACAAAUCAACGAAAUGAAAAAGCACUCGAAUGUUGAACUUGACAUUUUUCAGAAAUUUUGUCUAAUAAUUUUGAUUCUCUCGAUUUUCAACCGGCCGACCGACGGAGCUAAAAUUCUAGGAGUAUUCGCCUACCCAGCCAAGAGUCAUUUUACUUUCGAUAGCGCUAUUUUAAAAAGUCUCGCAAAUGCUGGGCAUGAGAUAACCGUGAUUACGUCAUUUCCUGCUGAUAUUGCCGGUGAAAAUUACACGGUGAUUGAUACAUCGAAUGAAUUUUCCAUCCAAGUAGCAAACACAUCGUAUGAUGAGUUUAGGAAAUGGAGUUCUUAUUCUCUUUUACCUUCGGGAUUUAGUCACGAGAUGCCCUUAUGUGGGAAACUUUGGAGAAGGAAGGAAAUUCAAGAUAUGAUGAAUUCAAAGGAAAAAUUAUUCGACGUGAUCUUCGUCGAAAUUUUCUACCUGUAUAAAUGUUUAGUACCAAUGGCUCAUAAAAUGAAAAUCCCAGUAAUAGGAACGAUGACUUACAAAUCAUGGCUAACAGCUGAUAUCGCUUCCAACAAUCCCUGCCAUCCUGCUUAUUUUCCUUACGAAAAUAGCCUAUCCUUCGAUCAAAAUAGUUUUUAUGAUCGUUCUCUAAAUGUCUGGAACCAUAUCUCGGUGUAUUUAUUUUGGUAUUUUCGUGCAAUUCCUUUUUUAAAUCAAUUCCAUAAGGAUAAUUUCCAACAAAUCAUACCGUAUUCGGACUACAUAAAGAUGGAACCUUCUGUGAUAUUUUAUAAUUCUCAUCAUACCUUUGUGAGCAGACCGCUGAAUCCUAAUGUCAUCGAAGUGGGAGGAAUUCAUAUUAAACCAGCCAAACCACUUCCUAAGAAUAUUAAGAAAUUCGUCGAAGAUGCACCAAACGGAGUAAUCUUGUUUACUUUUGGUUCUCUGGUUAAAAUGUCUUCUCUAUCCAAAGAAAUAAUAAAUAUAUUUUUCAAUGCGUUCGCUCAAAUACCACAAAAAGUGAUCAUGAAAUAUGAAACACCUCUGGAGAAUGUGCCUAAAAAUGUAAUGGUAUUUGAUUGGUUGCCUCAGAGGGAUCUGCUAGAACAUGAGAACGUAAUUGCAUUUAUUAGUCAUUGUGGUCAAGGAGGAGUAUAUGAAGCGAUAUACACAGCUACACCAAUAGUUGCACUCCCCUUAAUAUUUGAUCAACUCACAAGUGCCAUGUAUUUGGAACGUUUGGGGGUUGCUGUGAAUUUGGAUAUAGAUUUCUUAACCACUGGUACCCUCUUGAAGGCUUUGGAUUCCAUUGUUAAUGAUACAAGGUAUCAAGAAAAUAUGCAGAAGUUAUCAUAUGCUUUCAAAGAUCGGCCAUUAACGCCGCAACAAAGCGUAGUUUAUUGGACAGAUUAUGUCAUAAGACAUAAUGGAGCUCACCAUUUGAAACCUGCGUCGAGCGAAUUGAACUUGUUGCAGUAUCUUUUAUUAGACGUUAUUAUUUCUUUUUUAGUAUUCUUGAUUGUUGUUUUGUAUUUUGUAUAUUUUAUUUUAAAAUUUUUAUAUCGUUUUGUAUUUAACUUUAUAAGAAGCUCUCGUGGAUUUCAAACGAAAAAAGAUCUGUGAAAUAUUCUGACCACAAUUUUGAGGUUUUUGAAGUCGUUUGCUUGAGAUCUGGAAAAUAAUUGUCAUAAAUUUCAAUUGCAGUGUAAAAAUAAUCAUGGUGUUAAGCUAGAUGAAUGAACAUUUUAUUUUUCAGCAUAUAAAUCAUUAGGUUGAUUAUUUUACAAGUUGUGUGUGCAUAUUUUUGGCAUUUUUUUUCAAUCGUUUGUAUGCUGACAUUAAAUUGACAAUUCAAACACAAGAAAUAAAAAAAUCUGUAUGUAUUUUCAA